AUGGGCGCUACCAAUAACUCCAAUGACCGCAGCGGGGUUCUGCGGUUAGCCGGAACUCACCAUACGGAAGUUGGGGAGGGAGUACUGACGACUACAAGUAUAUAUUCUGGUAAACCAAGCCGAAUCGAUCCAGUCAUGACCGGACCAAAUCUUGAGUUUGACGGUCUGCCCAUCCCAUGGGUGCCUGCCGUCAAACCCGAAGAUGAGACAAACAUGUUUCCCUACAAGAAGCAGACUAGGAACACUAGAACGCUUCCUGUAGGCUGGAGAUUCAAGGAAGGCAAGCGUCCGCUGCAUCAAGAACUCAUAUUUGAUGAACACAUCGCAAUCCCGCUCAGGGAUGGAGUCAAGAUCUACUGUGACAUAUUCCGGCCUGUCACGGAUACUAAGCUCCCGGCCUUACUGGCCGUAAGCCCCUAUGGUAAAAAUGGACAUGGAUUUCGCAUUUUUGAUAAUAUCCCGUUCCGACUUGGACUACCAGAGAGCGCCACUUCGGGCUUGGAGAAAUUCGAAGGGCCCGAUCCUGCUGAAUGGUGCCCUCGGGGCUACGUGAUCGUCAACGUAGACAUUCGAGGUACAUGGGAUAGCGAGGGCGAUCUUUAUAUCGAGGGCAGCCAGAUGGGUGUGGAUGGCUUCGAUACGGUCGAAUUCAUCGCCGCCCAGUCAUGGUGCAAUGGUGCUGUUAGCAUGUGUGGGAAUUCGUGGCUAGCAACCGAGCAGUGGGCGACUGCGAUUCAACAGCCACCUUCACUCAAGUGCAUCGCACCCUGGGAAGCCUUCACAGACAAGUAUCGUGACUUGAUUUGCCGCGGUGGGGUUCCUAAGACCAACUUCGCUUCAUUCAUUUUCAACAAGACUAUUCGCGGACGAAACAAUCGGGAGGACAUUGGAGGAGCGCUGGCUAAGUGGCCCCUCUUCAAUGCAUACUGGGCGGACAAGGUCUACAACACCAGUAAUAUCACGAUUCCUAUCUAUGCACUUUCAAGCUAUUCGUCUGGAAACCAUGGAUCUGGGACCUUGAGAGGCUGGAAGAGUGCGACCUCCAAGGAGAAAUGGAUACGAUUCCAUCCGACUCAGGAGUGGUUUGAUCUCUAUACCCCUAGGUACAUCGACGAUCUGCAACGGUUCUACGACCGAUACCUAAAGGGGAUUGAGAAUGGCUGGGAAGAGACUCCGCGAGCUAGAGUCUCUAUUCUUACAUACGGUAAUCGGUUCGAGCCGGGCCCUAAAUGGGACGUGCCAUUUUCCGACUACCCUAUUCCAUCGACCAAGUAUCAGUCACUCUACCUACAGGACUCUGGACAAUUGGCGACCUCGCAACAAGCCAAGGAGGGCUCCGUUGCGCAUAGAGCGGACAGCUACCAGGCAAAACCGUCCGAAUUCAUUUUAAAAUUUGACAAAGCAACCGCCCUAGUUGGUUAUUCCAAAGCCGAGCUCUGGAUGUCCUGCAAGGACAAAGAUGACCUAGAUGUGUACGUGUCUAUCCGCAAGCUGAGCAAGAGUGGCGAAGUACUUGAGCAGGUCAAUGUUCCCUGGGAGGCUUUGCCUGAAGGGGUCAAUACCCAACACGACGUUCCGACGGCGCAGGUAGUCAAGUACACUGGUCCAACCGGCAUUCUUCGCGCUUCGCAUCGCGCACAGGAUCCAGAACGGAGCACCCCGAUGAUCCCGUACCACCCACACGAUAAGGAAGAAAAGGUGGCUCCGGGGGAAGUCGUCAAGCUCGAUAUCUCUCUUUGGCCCAUGGGUAUCUAUUUCGAACCUGGUGAGAGCCUUCUCUUCCGUGUCCAAGGCUUCGCGGAUACCAGCACGGACUUCCCCAGCCAUAUCGACCAGAAGCUCGACAACCUAAACAAAGGUCAGCAUAUAAUUCAUUUCGGUGGCAAGUACGACUCGAAGAUCAUCGUCCCUGUUGUUGCCCUGCCAGAGCAGUAG